GCUCAGGUUGAAGUCCGAAACGACGCCUGUUCUGCUUAAGAAACUCAGCCCCCUGACACCUGGCACUGUCCACAGCAUAACUGCCUUAUUCUUGUUUCAAAAUGAUUUCCUGAUCAUGUGACUGGAGACGUGGGAUACGAGCCAGUAUGGUUGCCUAUUGUAUAUGACCCCCAACCCCCGGUAGGCCUGGUACGAGUGGUGACCUAUUUAUCAAAUGAAGGGCUCUUUAAUAAAAACCGGAUGUUACCCGACCCCCAGCAGGACUCUUUUUCUCAUUCAGUGUGAGGAAGGAGCCUAGCAUAAGUGAGCAGUGGAAUUGGCAGUCUUAGGGGUCUUAGCAAAGUGUCCAGAGAUCUAAGGACGCUGACCACCAUUGCUCCGGAUAAUGACCACUGAACAUUUGGAGUAGAUCUUGGUGGGAUCGGGUCCUUUAAACCUCAGUAGGAUGGGAGGAGUGUGCUCUGGACCAGAAUCACACCAGCCCCUAAAGGCUAGUUACCCAAGUUAUCUCCUGGGCCUUCUCCUGAAAAAGGGGACUAUGGGGCAGUGUCCCCACUGUCCCCAGAGUAAAGCAUUGCCUUGGAACGGAAGACAGCCGUGGAUGGUGUGGUGGCAUCCCCGGAGAGGGGUGUGUCCUCCUCCUGGCAGUGGGGUCCGCACUGGUUGGGGUAACCUUUCACCGGGGGAGGGGAGGCUCGAGCUGCUCUCUCAUUGGCCUAUUUAGGAAGUGUUCAUCAAAUACUUGCCGUAUGCAAUGCCAGGAUGCUGGGAUAUGACAACCAAACAGAGCCCUGCCCCUAAGGAACCCCCAGUCUACUGGGGGACACACGCAGGGAAGGAGGCUGUUAGCUUUGUGUGUGACGAGGGCUACCACUUAGCCCUUAGAAGGGACACCCAGCAGUGUCUUGGGAGAGCAGGGAAGCCUCCCUGGAGGAGGUGCUGCCGACCUGGCCCCAGAAGGGUGGAGAGGAGUUCUCCUGGGAAGGGGGCUGGGUAGAGGCGUUGGGAAGGCUCUUGCUGGUCUAGAGGCUGAGGGUGGGAAGGUGACUGGGGAGGGAGUUGAGGAAGGCCUCGCUGGCAGAGGCCCAGGGGUGCAAGGGCGUAUUUGAGGAGCUGCAGAGACGGCCUGUAAAAGCUGCUGGACCCUGGGCACUGUGUGUGGGAAGGGGCAGGAGGUGGGCAGGAGUGGCUCGGACCUCCCAGAUGUUCCCACUUCAGCCCUGUGGGCAAGUGGGAGCCUGGAAGGAUUUCAGCAAAGGAGGGAGGUCUGCGAUCAAGCAGGUUUGGGAGGCCGCUCCAGCGAUGGAGCUUGGAGGACUGAGUCCGGCUGGGGCCCUGAGGAUUCGUGGGGAGGGUGGAUUUGAGAGGCUUGAGGUGUGGGGCUGGGAAGGCUCCAGGCAGGCAUAUCCUUAGACUCCGGAGGGCAGCAGGACCACCUGGGCUUGGUAAGCGCAGCCUGCUGGCCCGGCCCCAGAGGCCUGGGUGGUGCCGAGAAUUCACAUUUCUAACAGGCUGCAGGUGACACUGCCGCUGCUGGACAGGGGCUGGGCUCUGGAACCACGGCUCCAGGCUUCGGGCUCAGGUGACAGGGCGUACCCCUGAGCCAUGGAGUUUAGGAAGGCGAGGUCUGGGGGAUGCAAAGGCGAGAACAGGAAGUUGCGUGGUUGCAGCUGAAAGCCCGGCUGCCCAUCACCCGCGUCACCGCCAGCCGCUCUGCCGCCCGUGAUCCUCAGCCCCCAUGUCUCACUCCCUUCCAGGUGGCACCUCCCUGAGCUUCCUGGUUUUGGUGACGGGCUGCACAUCUGUGGGCAGAAUUCCAGAGGCCGAAAUCUACAAAAUCACCGCCACCGACUUUUACCCACUUCAGGAAGAGGCCAAGGAGGAGGACCGCCUCACAGCCUUGAGGAAGAUCCUCAACUCAGGGGUCUUCUACUUCUCGUGGCCCAGUGAUGGGUCUUGCUUCGACCUCACUGUCCGGGCACAGAAGCAGGGCGAUGACAGCUCUGAGUGGGGCAACUCCUUCUUCUGGAACCAGCUGCUGCACGUGCCCCUGAGGCAGCACCAGGUGCGCUGCUGUGACUGGCUGCUGAAGGUCAUCUGCGGGGUGGUGGCCGUCCGCACGGUGUACGCCUCUCACAAGCAGGCCAAGGCCUGCCUCGUCUCCCGUAUCAGCUGCGAGCGCGCCGGUGCUCGUUUCCACACCCGAGGCGUGAACGACGACGGCCAUGUGUCCAACUUCGUGGAGACGGAGCAGAUGAUUUACACGGGCGAUGGAGUGUCGUCUUUUGUUCAGAUCAGGGGCUCCGUUCCGCUGUUCUGGGAGCAGCCAGGGCUUCAGGUGGGUUCCCAUCAUCUGAGACUCAACAGAGGCCUGGAAGCCAACGCCCCUGCUUUCGACAGGCACAUGGUGCUUCUCAAGGAGCAAUAUGGGAAGCAAGUGGUCGUGAACCUGCUGGGGAGCAGAGGCGGAGAGGAGGUGCUCAACAGAGCCUUCAAGAAGCUGCUCUGGGCUUCUUGCCACGCCGGCGACACGCCUAUGAUCAACUUUGACUUCCAUCAGUUUGCCAAAGGCGGGAAGCUAGAGAAAUUGGAGAACCUGCUGAGGCCACAGUUGAAGCUGCACUGGGAUGACUUUGAUGUGUUUGCCAGGGGCAAGAAUGUAAGUCCACGUUUUCAGAAAGGCACUUUGCGGAUGAACUGUCUCGACUGCCUGGACCGAACCAACACGGUGCAGAGCUUCAUCGCCCUCGAGGUCCUCCACCUGCAGCUUGAGAGCCUAGGGCUGAAUUCAAAGCCCAUUGCCGACCGCUUCGUGGAGUCCUUCAAAGCCAUGUGGUCUCUGAACGGGCACAGCCUGAGCAAGAUGUUCACGGGCAGCCGGGCCCUGGAAGGGAAGGCCAAGGUGGGGAAGCUGAAGGACGGGGCCCGGUCUGUGUCUCGCACAAUCCAGUCCAACUUCUUUGACGGGGUGAAGCAGGAGGCCAUCAAGCUGCUGCUGGUCGGGGACGUCUACGCUGAAGAGUCUGCGGACAAAGGAAGGAUGCUGCUGGACAACCAGGCCCUGCUGGUGACUCCCAGGAUCCUGCAAGCCAUGUCGGAGCGCCAGUCGGAGUUCACGAAUUUCAAGCCGGUGCGCGUCGCCGUGGGCACCUGGAACGUGAAUGGAGGGAAGCAGUUCAGGAGCAACCUGCUGGGCACUGCCGAGCUGGCUGAGUGGCUGUUGGAUGCGCCCGUGUCUUCUGGAGUCUCUGGAUCCCAGGAUGACAGCAGCCCAGCUGACAUAUUUGCCGUGGGGUUUGAAGAGAUGGUGGAACUGAGCGCAGGGAAUAUCGUCAAUGCCAGUACCACCAACAGGAAGAUGUGGGGUGAGCAGCUUCAGAAAGCCAUCUCACGCUCUCAUAGGUACAUUCUCUUGACUUCGGCACAGCUGGUGGGCAUCUGUCUUUAUAUCUUUGUACGUCCGUACCACGUCCCCUUCAUCAGGGACGUGGCGAUUGACACAGUGAAGACAGGCAUGGGGGGAAAGGCGGGGAACAAGGGCGCCGUGGCCAUCCGCUUCCAGUUCCACAGCAGCAACUUCUGCUUCGUCUGCAGCCACCUGACGGCCGGGCAGUCCCAGGUGAAGGAGAGGAACGAGGACUACAGGGAGAUCACCCAGAGGCUGAGCUUCCCGAUGGGAAGAAACAUUUUUUCUCACGAUUACGUGUUUUGGUGCGGCGAUUUCAACUACCGCAUUGAUCUCACUUACGAAGAAGUCUUCUAUUUUGUUAAACGCCAAGACUGGAAGAAGCUCCUGGAAUUUGAUCAGCUACAGCUACAGAAAUCAAGUGGAAAAAUUUUUAAAGACUUUCACGAAGGCACCAUUGACUUUGGACCCACCUACAAGUAUGACGUUGGCUCUGCUGCCUACGACACAAGUGACAAAUGCCGCACCCCGGCCUGGACGGACAGGGUCCUGUGGUGGAGGAAGAGGCAUCCUUUUGACAGAACAGCUGGAGAACUCAACCUUCUAGACAAUGAUCUGGACGCUGACACCAAAGUCGGACACGCCUGGUCUCCUGGUGCCCUCAAGUAUUACGGCCGAGCAGAGCUGCAAGCGUCUGACCACAGACCCGUGCUGGCCAUCGUGGAGGUGGAAGUGCAAGAAGUCGAUGUGGGUGCUCGGGACAGGGUGUUCCAGGAAGUGUCCUCUUUCCAGGGCCCCAGGGACGCCACCGUCGUCGUCAACCUUCAGUCGCCAACCUCCGAAGAGAAAAACGAAUUUCCCGAGGACGUGCGCACGGAGCUCAUGCAGACCUUGGGCAGUUACGGGACGAUCCUGCUUGUCAGGAUCAACCAAGGGCAGAUGCUGGUGACUUUUGCAGACAGUCACUCGGCGCUCAGCGUCCUGGAUGUGGACGGAAUGAAGGUGAAAGGCAGAGCUGUGAAGAUUCGACCGAAGACCAAGGACUGGCUGCAAGGUUUGCAAGAGGAGAUCAUUGGAAAGCGAGACAGCGUGGCCGCCGCGUCCCCCACCGCCAACUCCUGUCUGCUGGAGGAAAACUUCGACUUCACGAGUCUGGACUAUGAGUCAGAAGGGGAUAUUCUCGAAGACGACGAGGACUAUUUGGUGGAUGAGCUGAGCCAGCCCGUGGUCUCAGAUAGUGAAGCGGGCGGAGACGAGCUCGCCGACGCCCCCAGCUCCAUGGCAGUGGCGCCUCCCAGCCGGUCACCGGCACUCACCAAAAAGAAGCAGCAUCCAACCUACAGAGAUGAUGCUGACCUGGUGGUGUUAACGCAGGAGCUGGAAGCAGUUGGGGACUUCCGCCACCGCUCUCCAAGUCGGUCUCUGUCGGUUCCCAAUAGGCCUCGGGCACUUCACCCACCGCAGAGACCCCCCCCUCCAACUGGUCUAAUGGUGAAAAAGUCAGCCUCGGAUGUGUCCAUCUCCUCUGGCACCCAUGGGCAAUAUUCGAUUUUGCAGACAGCAAAACUUCUGCCAGGAGCACCUCAGCAAGCACCCAAAGCUAGGACUGGGAUAAGUAAGCCUUAUAACGUCAAGCAGAUCAAAACUACCAACGCUCAGGAGGCGGAAGCAGCAAUCCGAUGUCUCCUGGAAGCCAGAGGAGGCACCCCGGGAGAAGCCCUAAACGCCACAGCCUUGACGGACCAGGGAUCUUCCAAACCAGAGCCCACAGCGGGGGUGGCCCCACUCCUGCCCCGUCGGCCCGCACCCAGAGUUCCUGCCAUCAAGAAGCCAACCUUGAGGAGGACAGGAAAGCCCGCGUCACCAGAAGAACAGUUUGGGCAUCAAGCUGUCCAUUUUACAAUCGGGCCCCCGGAGACGAACCUUGACACCCCUCCUCUAGCAACAGCCCCUCCCGUUCCCAAACCGAGAACACUUCAGCCCGGGAAAGGUGCCGCUGUCUCCAGGAAGCCAGCGCCGGACGAGGCCCCGACCGCGGCCGCCCCGCCCCCUCCGGAGGCCCCGCCCCUCGUGCCCCAGGUGCCCCCUCGGAGGAAGAAGUCGGCGCCGGCGGCCUUGCACCUGCAGGUGCUGCAGAGCAACGAUCAGCUUCUCCAGGGGCCUCCCUGCAGCAGCCCCAGCAGCGACUGUCCGCCCACACCCCUGCCUGCUGGGGGCGCGCUCUUCCCCCAGCCGCCUUUCCUUGGCCCUUCAUCACCUGCAAGCCCUGAGGCUGAUGGCACCAAGGACACGAAGUCGGAGGCCGCCCCCCUCCUCGGUGAUUAUCAGGACCCCUUCUGGAGCCUUCACCACCGUAACCUGUUGAAUAAUUCCUGGCUUCCCAAGAGCCCUGACCCCCUGGACUCAGGGAACAGGAACCUCGGAAGAGCACACGCAGCCCCCCAAGUCAGUGCCUCACCUGCCCAGGAGCCGCCACUGGAGCACAGAGAAAAAGACUUCGGUCACUGGGUGACAACCAGUGACAAGGACAAGAGGACGGUGCUGCAGGUGUUUGACCCACUGGCGAAAUCAUGACUGGGAAACUCCGACAGCAGCUCUCCCACAGGAUGUGUGCCUUCUCCCCCUGGCCUCACCUUAACAGGGGAAAGCCCAUUGGUCUCAACUCCCCAGUUGAAAGAGACAUCUAGUUAAAGGCACACUGAAAAAACAUUGAUACUCUUGUGUAGUUUACAAAAAUUGCGUCUCUUAUUCAGUAAGAUUAUUAUUCAGCCACCAAAAUAUGUUUUAUUCCAGACUUGUGCAUGUUAAGUUUCCUCUCAGGGUGUGAGAAACCUCCGGGUAGAUUCAGUAUACGGAUUUUAGGAAAGAGAAUCUAGCCGAUAAUGCUCAAGAGGUUCCCUCCCAUUGAAUUUUAAACGGUUAUUCAAGUUAUGUUUGUAUGUGGUGAGUUUGUUUUUAAAUACUGUUUGUAUUUUACAGACUUGGAAUAACCUUUUGGUGACCCACCUGAAGGUUGAUGCAUAAUGUAAGGAUUCCACUAAAAGGUGGUUGGGACCAUUAAGAGCUGUACCUGGCCGCCGACACCAGGUUAAAAAAGAUAUCAGAGUAGGAAGCAGCAAAUAGGUCAACCAAAAGAUUAGACUGUACAUUCCUGGGAGCCCCUGUGUUUAUUUAUGUACGUGUAUAUUAGCCGUGAUUAUGUGGGCGUCCUGGGGGAGAUGGUAUCAUUCCCUGCUUUGGUUCCGGAGCAUAUACCAUUAGCUUCACCUGAGCUCCAACUGCCUAAGUCUCCUGUACCAUGUCUUAGACUUUGCAUGUCCCGUAAAUUGCUACAGUCCUGAGCUCUGGUGUGCUACCAGUUUUUACACACUGUCUGUUCCCUAUUAAAUAAAACCUCAUGGCUUUCUUUUUCUCCUUAUAUUCCAUAUUCAGAAAAAGCACAAAAUGUGAAAACUCAUACUGGUACAUACGAGUACUGAUUUUCAUUAUUAUAAUUUGAAGAAUAUCUGUUUUAGUCUGGUCUACCUAGCUGUGGCUUCAGGAAGGAAAGUUACCACGUGUCCCCAUAUAUAAGAAACCUCAGGAUAUUCUGAGUUAGCUUAUCUACAUUUUUAUUAGGUUUUGUUUUCCUCUACGUUUCCAACACCACUUCUUACCUAUUCAGUCUUUAAAAAAGACAUCACCAUACUGCUUUACAUUUUUAAAAGAAUGUUACAAGGCCUAGAACUCAUUUGGAUUAGAUAUCAUAAUUUUGCUGAUAAGAAAUUUACUGGCAAAAUCUUAGUGUGCCACAUACUAUGUUUAGGAGUCUUUCAUGUCAUAGAAUCAUACAGCAAUGGUUCUGUGUUAUCCCUAAUGUGACCAGCGAAUUCCUGUACUCAAAGCUAAUGGUUAGGAUGGCAGGCAGGCUCCUUUUACUGAUCAGACCUCUGGGAUUUCAGAAUUAACUCUCAUUGCUACUAUCAAGAUACAUUACAGAUUAUACGAAAACAGAACUGUAUCUCAUUUCAUCUGAAAACUAAUAAAAGAAAAAGAUAUUAGUGACCCAUAGAGAUAAAUAGAUAACACGAGUAGUUAACCAGUAGUAAAAGAUGGUGUUUUUAGCCUUAGCUGAUUGGGACAGCUUGUCUAGCACUUACAUGCUUUAUGUCAUUUUUACCUCUCUGAGAAAUGCAAGAAGUAAACAGCGUGAUCCUUGAAAGCGUUAGGAGGAGAAAGGAAGCAAGAUGGGUAAGAGGCUCUGGAAAGGUAAAUCAUUUACCAGGAUUCGCGUCACUUCUAAAGGGCAUAGUUGGGAAUGGAACUGAAGAUUUCUUAAUUUAAACACUCUUUUCUCCAUAACCUCUUUUCCUACUAAAAAGGAGGUGAAUUUGAAGGCAUAUCUAUGUAACAGUGAGUCAGAAAAGCAGGGGGAAAGUAAGCACCACAAAAGUUGCUUCCAGUGGUUAAUUUUCAGGUUUCUUCUUUGUUCUAGAUAGCGAAUAGCCAAUAAAUGCUACACUGAACAGAAUUUCAUUUCAGAUAGGUGUUCAUCACACAAAUAGUUGUUAAGAAUCUGACAGUAAGUAUUAACACACAGAACUGUAUUGAGGCAGGUCACAGGAAAAAUUAUAAGUAGUUUAACAUUAAGAAAUGAAUAUUAUUUGCUCAUGGCUGUUGAGGUUUAAUGAAUAACAGAGACUGGAUUUUGAGUUGAUAAUAUGUAAGGUUCUUGUACUAACAUUCACUUUUUUUUUUUUUUAAAAAGGACAAUUGGAAUUGCUUUAUUUUUUAAAUCAGUGCUUAACAGUGGGUAUCUUUCCUAGGUUAGCAGUAGAGUUGGUUGAAUAAUCUCGACAAUGAGCAGCUGCCAUCCUGGGGAUUUCAUUCCAUGGUUUUUAUUUUUAAUCUUUCUUUGAUGUUCCCACACCAGCCGUUUUAUUGUGACCUUGCAGUUCAUUUCAUUACUGUUGUGUAAGGUGUUACAGUUCACCACAGUAUUUUAGGCACAGACUUUACAAUUCGGCAUUGUCUCCCUGACCCCAAUUAGAUUCCCUUUUUACAGUAUAAUCUUCCUGGACUUCUUGCCAAUUUAAAAAAAUUUGUUCCAGUAAAUUACUGAAACAAGGACAUCUGCCCAAGAAAGUCCUGUAAAAGUUUAAAGUUGUUGAAGUUCACGACACUUAAAAUUCUCCUGACCUGUGUAUGAGCAAGGUAAUGUAUUAAAACAUUUGCUUUAUAAUGAAGUAAUUCUAUUAGAAAGGACUGCAGAAAUUACUUAUUGGAUCUUACUGGAUGACUAGCAAUGAAUAAAAACCCUAAUGUUUAUUUGAAGUGAUAAUUUGUACUGAAAUUGUAAAAAAAAAAACUUAUUAAAUGUUCUAUCUUUUUUUUUUAA